UUGCUGCACAGAUCACAGCGGCGAUGGCGGGCAGACAGUCCAGCUGGAGCCGGGCGGCUCUUCUCCAGCUCCUUCUUGGCGUGCACCUGAUGGUGAUGCCCCCCACCCAGGCCCGGAGUCUACGCUUCGUUACCUUGCUGUACCGACAUGGAGACCGUUCACCAGUGAAGACAUAUCCCAAGGACCCCUAUCAGGAAGAGGAAUGGCCCCAGGGGUUUGGUCAACUCACCAAGGAGGGGAUGCUACAGCACUGGGAGCUGGGCCAGGCACUGCGGCAGCGCUACCAUGGCUUUCUAAACACCUCUUACCACCGGCAGGAGGUUUAUGUGCGAAGCACAGACUUUGACCGUACUCUCAUGAGUGCAGAGGCCAACCUAGCUGGACUCUUCCCUCCCAAUGGGAUACAGCGCUUCAACCCAAACAUCUCGUGGCAGCCUAUCCCUGUCCACACUGUGCCCAUCGCUGAGGACAGACUGCUGAAGUUCCCACUGGGCCCCUGUCCCCGUUAUGAGCAGCUGCAGAACGAGACUCGACGGACAUCAGAGUAUCAGAAAGAGAGUAUUCAGAAUGCACAAUUUCUGGACAUGGUGGCCAAUGAGACAGGGCUUACAGACCUGACACUGGAGACCGUCUGGAAUGUCUAUGACACACUCUUCUGUGAGCGCACACAUGGGCUGCCCCUGCCGCCCUGGGCCUCACCCCAAACCAUGCAGCGUCUGAGCCGGCUAAAGGACUUCAGCUUCCGCUUCCUCUUCGGGAUCUACGAGCAGGCGGAGAAGGCCCGGCUUCAGGGGGGAGUCUUGCUGGCUCAGAUACGGAAGAAUCUGACCCUAAUGGCAACUGCCUCCCCACUCCCCAAGCUGCUGGUUUACUCUGCGCACGACACUACCCUGGUUGCUCUGCAAAUGGCACUGGAUGUCUACAACGGUGAACAAGCCCCCUACGCCUCCUGCCACAUAUUUGAACUGUACCAGGAAGAUAAUGGGAAUUUCUCAGUGGAGAUGUACUUUCGGAAUGAGAGUAAUAAGGACCCCUGGCCGCUGAUCCUGCCUGGCUGCCCUCACCGCUGCCCCCUGCAGGACUUCCUUCGUCUCACAGAGCCUGUGGUGCCCAAAGAUUGGCAGCAGGAGUGCCAGCUGGCAAGUGGUGCUGCAGACACAGAGGUGGUCGUGGCCUUGGCAGUGUGUGGCUCUAUCCUCUUCCUCCUCAUAGUGCUGCUCCUCACCGUUCUCUUCCGGAUGCAGGCCCAGCCUCCCGGCUACCACCACGUUGCAGAUGGGGAGGACCAUGCCUGACAACCACUCAGCCCCCUUCCCUCUGCUUAUUAGGGGAGGUGGGCUGGGCCCUUGCUCUUGACUGUUGCUGCUCCCUAGCCCACGGACAGGAGACGCUGGGUUGGGCCUGCCUCUGAUCACCCUGGCCCAGAUGAAUGAGUGGGGCUUGGCCUGGCCCAUGGCACCUGUCACUCAGCAUUCACAUGCCCGAUGUUUACCAAGUACUGUUCUGGACACUGGCUUUCCCCAAACAGGAUCUCGCUCCUCCAUGCUCCCUAUGGACCUGAGAUACACAAAGUAUUCAGGUUUUACUCGGAAUCUGGGAUAAAAAAACGAUGGAGCUGAUGCUGGAUCCGCUUUGCUUUUCCAUCAAGCCCUGCUUUCCCUUCCAGCCCGGAGUCCUUCGAAAAUGGAUCAGAGGACACAGUCUUGCCUGUCAGUUCUUAUUUUAGUGGGAAAAAUUGCACAACACUGGGGGUACAAACAUUGGCUACCAAGGAACCGGAUCACCCAGCACCCAGCAGCCAGCCAAGUUUUCCUUUGUCCAGUUGAAGCUACCAUUAGAGUCAGACAUAAUGCUUCAGACACCUUUGUCACCUCUUCAGCUUCAGCAAGUUGGAAGGGUGUUUGUACUUGGGAGGGAGGGAGGGAGGAAGGGGAGUGAUUUGUCCUACAGAAUUAUGAAAUUAUUCUCGCUGUCAGUUGGGCUGGGGUCUCCAGGGAUCUGAGGUAAAUGCAGGUUGUGAGCUGACAGCUCUUGACUGUGGCCCAGAUUAGGGCUGAGGCCGCUCCCAGAGAAUGAAAGUUUUAGACUGUUA